AUGCCAGCCACCGGGACUCCCGCGAUCGCCCCCCGCGCGCGCCGCGCCGCGGACCCCACGGGCUUUCGGCCGACACCUGCGGCGCCGCCCUGGCUGCCGCUGCUUCUCCUGUCACUGGGAAGCCUCCUCUCCGCCCAGCCCGCGGCCCCCGGCGGCGCAGCCCUGCUGUCCCCGGGUCUCUCGGGGGCUGCUGGGGUCCCGGCGGAGGAAGCCAUCGUGUUGGUGAACCGCGGACUCCGGGUACCUUUCGGACGGGAAGUGUGGCUGGACCCGCUGCACGAUCUCGUGUUGCAGGUGCAGCCUGGGGACCGCUGCUGGGUGACCGUGCUGGACAACGACGCGCUGGCCCAGCGGCCCGGCCGCCUGGGUCCCAAGCGCUUCCCGUGCGACUUCGGCCCCGGGGAGGUGCGUUAUUCUCACCUGGGCGCGCGCAGCCCAUCCCGGGACCGAGUCCGGCUGCAGCUGCGUUAUGACGCUCCCGGAGGGACCGUCGUGCUACCUCUAGCCCUGGAGGUGGAAGUGGUCUUCACCCAGCUGGAGGUGGUGACUCGAAACUUGCCCCUGGUCGUGGAAGAACUAUUGGGGACCAGCAACGCCCUGGAUGCACGCACUUUGGAGUUCGCCUACCAGCCCGAGAAGGAGGAGUGUCGCGUGGGCAUCCGGCCGGGCUUGGGUGCGCUGCCUCGCUAUGGAGAACUCCUCCACUACCCGCAGAUCCCGGGAGGAACCCGAGGAGGCGACCCCGAGCCUCUGUUGAUGGACUGCAGAGCGUUUCAGGAGUUAGGCGUCCGUUACCGCCACACAGCUUCCAGCAACUCGCCAAACCGGGACUGGGUACCCAUGGUGGUGGAGCUGCGUUCCCGGGGAGCUCCGGUAGGAAGUCCUGCUUUAAAACGCGAGCACUUCCAGGUGCUGGUGAGGAUCCGAGGAGGAGCUGAGAACACCGCCCCCAAACCCAGUUUUGUGGCCAUGAUGAUGAUGGAGGUGGACCAGUUCGUCCUGACCGCCCUGACUCUGGACAUGCUGGCGGCUGAAGACGCUGAGUCUCCGCCUGACCUGCUGAUCUUUAACCUUACCUCUCCCUUCCAGCCUGGGCAGGGCUACUUGGUGAGCACGGAUGACCGCAGCCUGCCCCUCUCUUCCUUCACUCAGAGGGACCUGCGCCUUCUGAAAAUUGCCUACCAGCCCCCUUCUGAAGACUCAGAUGAGGAGCGUCUCUUUGAGUUGGAACUGGAGGUGGUGGAUCCAGAGGGAGCAGCCUCUGAUCCUUUUGCCUUCAUGGUAGUGGUGAAACCCAUGAACACGCUGGCCCCAGUGGUCACCCGGAACACUGGUCUUAUUCUCUAUGAAGGUCAGUCUCGGCCCCUCGCGGGUCCUGCAGGCGGUGGUGGACUGCAGAACUUGGUCAUCAGUGAUGAGGAUGAUCUGGAAGCAGUACGGCUGGAGGUGGUGGCUGGACUCCGGCAUGGUCACCUCUUCAUUCUGGGGGCUCCCAGUGGUAGCUCUGCUCCCAAGACCUUCACAGUGGCAGAGCUGGCAGCUGGCCAGGUGGUCUACCAACAUGAUGACAAAGAUGGCUCGCUGAGUGACAACCUGGUCCUCCGCAUGGUGGAUGGAGGAGGCAGACACCAGGUCCAGUUCCUGUUUCCCAUCACCUUAGUGCCUGUGGAUGACCAGCCACCUGUCCUCAAUGCCAACACGGGGCUGACACUGGCAGAGGGGGACACGGUGCCCAUCCCACCCCUUGCUCUGAGUGCCACGGACAUGGAUUCAGAUGACUCACUGCUUCGUUUUGUGUUGGAGUCUCCCUUUCCCACCAUGGGGCAUCUUCUUCUUCGCCAGAGUCACUCUCCUGGGGAGGAGCCAGAGCUGACCAGGGGCCCGUGGAGGAAGCAGGGAGCAUUUUAUGAACGAAGAGUGACAGAGUGGCAGCAGCAGGACAUAACCCAAGGGAGGUUGUUCUACAGACACUCUGGGCCCCACAGUCCUGGAUCAGUGAUGGACCAGUUCACAUUUCGAGUCCAGGAUAACCACGACCCUCCGAAUCAAUCUGGACUUCAAAAGUUCAUGAUACGCAUUCAUCCGGUGGAUCGGCUCCCUCCAGAGCUGGGUAGCGGCUGUCCCCUUCGGAUGGUGGUGCAGGAAUCUCAGCUCACACCCCUGAGGAAGAAGUGGCUGCGUUACACUGAUGUGGACACAGAUGACCGAGAACUUCGUUACACUGUGACCCAGCCCCCCGUGGACACAGAUGAAAACCAUGCACCUGCCCCUCUGGGUACUUUGGUCCUGACUGAUAACCCCUCAGUCGUGGUAACCCAUUUUACGCAGGCACAGGUCAACCACCAUAAAAUUGCUUACAGACCUCCAAGUCAAGAGCUGGGAGUGGCUGCUCGAGUGGCCCAGUUCCAAUUCCAGGUGGAGGACCGAGCUGGAAAUGUGGCUCCUGGCACCUUCACCCUUUACUUGCAGCCCGUGGACAACCAGCCACCUGAGAUCCUAAACACCGGCUUCACUAUUCAGGAGAAGGGCCUCCACGUCCUGACCGAGACUGAGUUGCACGUGAAGGAUGUUGAUACCGAUGUGGGCCACAUCUCUUUCACUCUCACAGAGGAACCCAAACAUGGCCACAUGCGAGUGUCUGGACAAACACUGCAUGUAGGAGAGAUCUUCUAUGUGGAAGACAUCAAACAAGGCCGGAUUUCCUACCUUCAUUCCGGGGACAAGUCGUUGGCUGAUAGCUGCUCCUUGGAGGUGAGUGACAGACACCACGUGGUGCCAAUUACGCUUAGAGUGAAUGUUCGCCCCGUAGAACAUGAGGCCCCCAUGCUGACCCUUCCUGCUGGGAAAAUAGAAUCUUAUCUGGAUGUCUUAGAAAAUGAGGCUACUGAAGUCACGGCUAAUGUUAUUAAGGGGACUGAUGAGUACACAGAUGAUUUGAUGUUGACUUUCCUCUUAGAAGACCCACCCUUGUAUGGGGAAGUCCUGGUGAAUGGAGCUCCAGCAGAGCACUUUACUCAAAAGGACAUUUUGGAGGGCUCUGUUGUCUAUACCCACACCAGUGGUGAGAUUGGUCAGUUGCCCAGAGCAGACUCUUUUAACCUGAGUCUGUCAGAUACAUCUCAAGAAUGGACAGUUGGUGGCAAUACUAUCCAAGGUGUUACUGUGUGGGUGACCAUCCUGCCUGUGGAUAACCAGGCCCCAGAAAUUUCAGUGGGUGAACAGUUUAUAGUAUUGGAAGGUGAUAAAGGUGUGAUCACCUCCAUGCACAUCAGUGCUGAAGACAUUGAUUCCCCAAAUGAUGACCUCUUAUGUACCAUAGUGAUUCAGCCAACUUCAGGUUACGUGGAGAACAUUUCUCCAGCCCCAGGCUCUGAGAAAUCAAGAGCAGGGAUUGCCAUCAGUGCCUUCACUCUGAAAGAUCUGAGGCAGGGUCACAUUAACUAUAUUCAGAGUGUCCAUAAAGGGGUGGAGCCCGUGGAAGAUCGAUUUGUAUUCCGUUGCUCUGAUGGCAUUAACUUCUCAGAGAGACAGUUUUUCCCCAUUGUCAUCAUUCCUACCAACGAUGAACAGCCAGAACUGUUUAUGAGAGAAUUUAUGGUAAUGGAAGGCAUGAGUCUGGUGAUCGACACCCCCAUUCUCAAUGCUGCUGAUGCCGACAUCCCUCCUGAUGAGUUAACUUUUGUCAUCACCCAGUUUCCUGCUCAUGGUCAUAUCAUGAGCCAGCUGAUAAAUGGCACUGUCUUGGUGGAAAGCUUCACCCUAGACCAAAUCAUAGAAAGUUCCAGCAUUAUCUAUGAGCAUGAUGACUCUGAGACCCAGGAAGACAGUUUUGUGAUUAAACUCACAGAUGGCAAGUAUUCUGUGGAAAAGGUGGUCCUCAUCAUGGUUAUUCCUGUGGAUGAUGAGACCCCCAGAAUGACCAUCAAUAAUGGAUUGGAGAUAGAAAUUGGGGAAACCCAAACGAUCAACAACAAAAUACUAAUGGCCACUGAUUUGGACUCUGAAGACAAAUCCUUGGUUUAUAUUAUCCGUUAUGGGCCAGGACAUGGUUUUCUCCAGCGACAAAAACCUACAGGUGUCUUUGAAAAUAUCACACUGGGCAUGAAUUUUACCCAGGAUGAAGUGGACAGAAAUGUCAUCCAAUACGUCCACGUUGGGCAGGAAGGCAUUCGGGAUCUAAUUAAAUUUGAUGUGACUGAUGGAAUAAAUGCCCUCAUAGAUCGUUACUUUUAUAUCUCCAUUGGGAGUGUUGACAUGGUCUUCCCUGACGUGGUCAGCAAGGGAGUCUCCUUAAAGGAAGGUGGCAAGGUCACUCUCACAACAGACCUCCUCAGCACCAGUGACCUGAACAGUCCUGAUGAAAACUUGGUCUUUACCAUCACCCGGGCUCCCAUGAGAGGCCACCUAGAAUGCACAGAUCAACUUGGAAUCUCCAUCACAUCUUUCACUCAGCUCCAACUAGCUGGUAACAAAAUCUACUACAUCCACACAGCUGAGGACGAGGUGAAGAUGGACAGCUUUGAGUUUCAAGUCACCGAUGGGCGUAACCCAGUCUUUCGCACAUUCCGUAUCUCCAUCAGUGAUGUGGACAACAAAAAGCCAGUGGUUACCAUCCAUAGCUUGGUGGUCACUGAAAGUGAGAGCAAGCUGAUCACUCCCUUUGAGCUCACUGUGGAAGACAGAGAUACUCCAGACCAACUCUUGAAAUUCACCAUCACCCAGAUCCCUGUUCAUGGUCAUCUCCUCUUCAACCAUACCAAACCUGUCAUGGUGUUUACCAAGCAAGACUUGAACGAGAACUUAAUCAGCUACAAACAUGAUGGCACAGAGUCAAGUGAAGAUAGCUUCUCUUUCACCGUGACUGAUGGUACUCAUACAGACUUCUAUGUUUUUCCUGAUACAGUAUUUGAAACAAGGAGACCCCAAAUGAUGAAGAUUCAGAUCUUAGCUGUUGACAAUAACAUCCCCCAAAUUACAGUCAAUAAAGGGGCCUCUAUGCUCCGCAUCCUGACCACUGGCCACUUGGGGUUCAUGAUCACAAACAAAAUAUUGAAAGUGGAGGACAGAGACAGUCUACACUUUUCUCUUAGAUUUAUUGUGACCAAGGCCCCUCAACAUGGAUACCUCCUCAACCUGGGCAAAGGCAACCACAGCAUCACCCAUUUUACCCAAGCUGACAUUGAUGACAUGAAAAUCUGCUACGUUUUACGAGAAGGAGCAAAUGCCACAAGUGACAUGUUCCGUUUUGCAGUUGAAGAUGGUGGGGGAAACCGGUUAACCAACCAGCAUUUUCGUCUGAAUUGGGCAUGGAUCUCUUUUGAAAAGGAAUAUUAUCUGGUCAACGAAGACUCCAAAUUUCUAGAUGUCAUCCUUAAACGCAGAGGUUACUUGGGAGAAACUUCAUUUAUAAGUAUUGGCACGAGAGAUGGGACUGCGGUGAAAGACAAAGACUUCAAGGGCAAAGCUCAAAAGCAAGUGCAAUUCAACCCGGGCCAAACCAGGGCCACGUGGAGGGUGCGGAUCCUGAGCGAUGGUACACAUGAGCAGUCGGAGACCUUCCAGGUGAUUCUCUCGGAACCAGUGCUGGCCGCCCUGGAGUUCCCUGCGGUGACCACCGUGGAGAUCGUGGACCCCGGAGAUGAGUCAACUGUAUUCAUCCCUCAGUCUGAAUACAGCAUUGAAGAAGAUGUGGGUGAAUUGCUUAUUCCCCUCCAGAGGACUGGGGAUGUCAGCCAGGAGCUGAUGGUGAUCUGCUACACAGAGCAAGGAACAGCAACUGGAACUGUGCCUACUUCCGUGUUGUCCUACUCUGAUUACAUAUCCAGGCCUGAGGACCACACCAGUGUCAUUCGCUUUGACAGAGAGGAACGGGAAAAAGCAUGUCGCAUCAUUGUUAUUGAUGACUCCUUGUACGAAGAGGAGGAGAGCUUCCAGGUCCGGCUGAGCAUGCCCAUGGGUGGGAAAAUGGGCUCAGAGUUCCCAGGAGCUCGGGUUACCAUCCUCCCUGACAAAGAUGAUGAACCCAUCUUCUACUUUGGUGAUGUCCAGUACUCAGUGGAUGAGAGCGCAGGCUACGUGGAGGUACAGGUGUGGAGGACAGGCACCGACCUCUCCAGGCCAUCUAGCAUCACAGUGAGAUCUCAGAAAACUGAUCCACCCUCUGCCGAUGCUGGAACUGACUAUGUGGGAAUCAGCCGUAAUCUGGAUUUUGCCCCUGGAGUGAACAUGCAGAGAGUUCGGAUUAUUAUUGUGGACGACCUUGGACAGCCCGUGCUGGAGGGAGUUGAGAAGUUUGAGCUGGUACUUCGUAUGCCUGUGAAUGCUGCCCUUGGCGAGCCCAGCAAAGCCACCGUGUACAUCAACGACUCUGUCUCUGACUUGCCAAAGAUGCAAUUCAAAGAAAGAGUGCACACUGGCAGUGAAAAGGAUGGGCAGAUCGUUGCAGGAAUCCGCAGGAGCGGGGAUGUCCAGUUCACGUCUUCCGUGAGAUGCUACACCAGGCAGGGCUCUGCACAGGUGAUGAUGGACUUCGAAGAACGUCCCAACACUGACAUCUCCACCAUCACAUUCCUCCCAGGUGAGACAGAAAAGCCAUGCAUCCUGGAAUUGAUGGAUGACACGGUCUAUGAGGAAGUCGAGGAGUUGCGCCUGGUACUUGGGAGUCCACAAAGCAGCUCUCCCUUUGGGGCUGCAGUUGGUGAACAAAAUGAAACCCUGAUAAGGAUCCAAGAUGAUGCUGAUAAGUCCAUUAUCAAAUUUGGAGAAACCAAAUUUAGUGUCACUGAACCUAAAGAAUCAAGAGAAUCAGUGGUGGUCAGAAUUCCUGUGAUUCGCCAAGGAGAUACUUCCAAGGUUUCCAUCGUGAGGGUCCACACCAAAGACGGUUCUGCCACCUCUGGAGAAGACUAUCACCCUGUGUCCGAAGAAAUUGAGUUUAAGGAAGGAGAAACGCAGCAUGUUGUUGAAAUUGAAGUAUUAUUUGAUGGGGUCAGAGAGAUGAGAGAGGCCUUCACUGUACACUUAAAACCCGAUGAAAACAUGGUAGCAGAGACGCAGGUCACCAAAGCCAUUGUGUACAUUGAAGAAAUAAACAACAUGGCAGAUGUCACUUUUCCUUCUGUCCCUCAAAUUGUGUCCUUGCUAAUAUAUGAUGACACUUCCAAAGCUAAAGAGGGCACUGGACCUGCGUCUGGCUAUCCUGUCGUCUGUGUUACGGCUUGUAACCCCAAAUAUUCUGACUAUGACAAAACAGGGUCUAUUUGUGCAAGCGAGAACAUCAAUGACACGUUGACCCGCUACCGAUGGCUGAUCAGUGCUCCAGCUGGCCCUGACGGUGUGACCAGCCCCAUGAGAGAGGUGGACUUCGACACUUUUUUUACAUCCUCCAAGAUAAUCACCUUAGACUCCAUAUACUUCCAGCCUGGAUCUCGAGUGCAGUGUGCGGCUCGAGCUGUGAACAUGGAUGGCAAUGAAGGCUUGGAGCUGAUGAGCCCAAUUAUAACGAUUGGCAGAGAAGAAGGCCUUUGUCAACCUCGUGUGCCUGGAGUUGUGGGGGCUGAGCCAUUCUCAGCUAAGUUGCGAUACACAGGCCCUGAAGACUCAGACUUUGCAAACCUGAUCAAACUCACAGUCACGAUGCCACACAUUGACGGCAUGCUCCCUGUGAUCUCCACUCGAGAGCUCUCCAACUUCGAGCUGAUCCUUAGCCCUGAUGGGACGAGAGUUGGGAACCACAAGUGCUCCAACCUCCUGGACUACACAGAGGUGAAGACCCACCACGGUUUCCUCACGGAGGCCACCAAAAACCCCGAAGUCAUCGGAGAGACCUAUCCUUACCAGUACAGCUCUCCCAUCCGAGGCUCCAACACCUUACGCUUCUACCGAAACUUGAACCUGGAGGCCUGCCUGUGGGAGUUUGUCAGCUACUAUGACAUGUCAGAGCUCCUCACUGACUGCGGAGGCACCAUCGGGACUGAUGGCCAGGUCCUCAACUUGGUACAGUCCUAUGUGACCCUUCGAGUUCCUCUGUAUGUUUCCUACGUGUUCCAUUCCCCAGUUGGGGUUGGAGGCUGGCAGCAUUUUGACUUGAAGUCAGAGCUUCGUUUGACUUUUGUGUACGACACUGCCAUCUUGUGGAAUGAUGGCAUUGGCAGCCCACCAGAAGCUGAACUCCAGGGUUCUCUCUAUCCAACCAGUAUGCGCAUUGGUGAAGAGGGUCGUCUGGCUGUGAACUUCAAGACAGAGGCUCAGUUCCAUGGCUUGUUUGUGCUGUCACAUCCAGCGUCCUUCACAAGUUCAAUGAUCAUGUCAGCUGACCAUCCAGGCCUGACCUUUUCCCUCCGCCUCAUAAGGAGUGAACCAACCUAUAACCAGCCUGUACAGCAAUGGAGCUUUGUCUCUGACUUUGCAGUACGUGACUACUCAGGAACCUACACUGUGAAGCUGGUGCCGUGCACCACACCAUCCAAUCAGGAGUACCACCUGCCAGUCACCUGCAACCCCAGAGAGCCUGUCACCUUUGACCUUGACAUUCGAUUCCAACAGGUCAGUGAUCCCGUGGCAGCAGAAUUCAGCCUGAACACCCACAUGUACCUGCUCUCCAAGAAGAGUCUCUGGUUGUCAGAUGGCUCCAUGGGAUUUGGGCAAGAGAGUGACGUUGCUUUUGCAGAAGGGGAUGUAAUUUAUGGUCGUGUCAUGGUAGAUCCUGUCCAGAAUCUAGGUGACUCCUUUUACUGCAGCAUUGAGAAAGUAUUCCUGUGCACGGGAGCUGAUGGCUACGUGCCCAAGUAUAGUCCAGCAAAUGAAGAAUACGGCUGCUUAGCAGAUUCCCCUUCGCUCCUCUAUAGAUUUAAAAUUGUGGACAAAGCCCAGCCAGAGACACAAGCCACCAGUUUUGGAAAUGUGCUCUUUAAUGCUAAACUGGCAGUAGAUGAUCCCGAAGCCAUUCUCUUAGUGAAUCAGCCUGGGUCCGAUGGAUUUAAAGUUGACUCAACGCCGCUGUUUCAAGUCACUCUGGGCCGAGAAUGGUACCUACACACAAUCUAUACAGUAAGAUCAAAAGACAAUACCCUCCGAGGGAUUGGCAAAAGGAGUGUGGAGUACCAGUACCACUCGCUGGUGCGCCAUGCAGAUUCCCAGGCAACUUCAACGAGCAGGAAGAAGAGAGAGAUCAGAAGCACACCCUCACUGGCCUGGGAAAUUGGUGCUGAAAACAACCGAGGCACAAACAUCCAGCAUAUCACCCUGGACCGCAGCACCAAGAGGCAAAUCCCGCAAGGGAGAGUUCCUCCUGAUGGCAUCCUUCCCCGGGAGUUCAACAAUCCUGGCUCUGACAUCAGCUUGAUCACUGCCUUGGGCGGCAUUGCAGUGGGAUUACUCACCGUGUGCCUCUCCAUCAUUGCAGCCAUGGUGUGCCGGAGGAAGAAGAGCAUCAGAGCAAAGGAUGCUGCCAAGGGCUCUGGCAGCAGUGAGCCUAUGAUGUCCCCACAGAACCACCAUGGUGACAGCUCAGAGGUGUGAAUACCGCAGGUAGCAUUCAACCUUUUUCCUAAGUGCCUCAGAAAACAUGACACCAGAGCCCCCAGAUAGAUGGUAGAGAAUUGGGGACUUCCAUGAUGAAGCUGCUCAGAGCACCUGCCUGUGCUAAAGUACUUGGGUUUAUAUGGUAUCUAUUCUCUUAAGCAUGGAAAGACAUUUUUGGACCACAUCGUUCCUCUUGCCCAGAAGGCUUCCAAGAUGUGGUCACACAUAGACAGAACCAUGAAUGGGUGGUGAGGAGUUCACUUCCUGUUCUGGGUAUGCUCUCUACACUGUGGAGACGAUCUAUUCAAAGGUGCUAACAGGCUCUCUGGGAAAUCUGAGAGUCUAUUGUGGCUAUGUGUGAGUAAACUUUGAAGGUGCAAUGAUCACUUGUUCAUUCAUUGUAUAACUGAUUAUUAGUAGAAAUAGUUUUAACUGGUAGUCUGGAAGGGUGAUGAACACACUGUUUAUGAUGACAAGUUUUCCACUCAGUGAAGACAGCAUAGAAAUAUGACCAGGGCUUGCUCAUCUUGGCUACUAUUUAGGAGAGAGUGGAAAGAAAGAUAGAAAGAAGGGAACUUCCUCACUUGGAAUUGAAUUUUGUUCUUUUCAGGCCCUCCUUCUUCUAUUUGUUUAUUUAAUUUAAAUUAAACCAAAGAAUAUGUUAA